UUGUUUUAAUCACUGUACCACACGCAUUCCAAACCAGUACAGGUGACCAGAUAUACCAGAAAUUAUCAAGUGACAGAAGUGAAAGACAUUUUCACUCUCUAUUACAAGGAAACAGAAUCACUUCUUUGUCUGAUUCAAGGUUUGAGGUCUUUUUUUUUUUAUCAUAUGCAAAUCAAUUACAAGGGAGCAGUCAUAAGCAAUAAAAUAUAUUCUCAGUAUCAGGCUACAUCCAAUAAUAUUGACAAUAAUGAAAUAUAUCUAUGAAAGAUAGGGAAGAAGAUCACACCAUAAAAACAAAAUGGCAAUUUGAACAUAAAAUUAAAUUUAAAGUUAAAAUAAAAUGGAAUAAAAUAUAACAUAAUAAAGCAUAAUUCAAGAUAAAUUGUGAUGAUAGACUAGAGUGUAUAUUUAUUUACUUUAUUCAACUGGUGUCAAGACAAACAGCAACAUUUUUCCAUAUAAGUUGUCAAAAAAGGAAAUAGUGUUUUCUAGUGCUUGUAUAAAAAGCAUCAGUAUUUGUUGGCAUGUAACACCAAGUAGCCUGAACAUAUAAUCACAAUAUUCGAAACAAAAAAAAGUAAAAGAAUAACCAAAAUGAUGCAAUAAUUUUUACUUGUUUAUUUGCUAUUACCUCUCUUAUAUAUCUAGUUUAUACUGCUGUUUACUAUUUAUUGUUUCUUUCUAUCCACUUUGCUGCUGUAACUCUUCAAAUUUCCCUGUUGUCUUAAUAUUAAUCUUAAGCAAAUGUAAACAUGACAUGAAAUAUACCAAAAAAUAUGUUAUAUAUCUAUAUAUCUGUUACAGCACCAUUUGCAUGCAUUACUGUAUUUUUGUGAAAAAAAGAAACAAAGAAGAAACAAAAAAGGAACAUUGCUUCCUGGUGCUUGUAAUAAAAAAAAAAACAUCAGAAUUUGUUGCUGUGAAAAAAGAAAGAAACAAGAAACAAAUGGCAUCUGUUCAGAGGUAGAUUAGAUAAAACAAGUGCUUCAAUGUAUGGUAAUAUAAUGUCAAGGGUAUUAGAUGAAAUAUACCAUAUUUAUUUACUUCAUGGUUAACUGAUCCAUCAAAAGUCAAACAGUUAAUACAAUAUUAUGAUAAUGCAACAAUAGAUAUUAAAACAAAAGUAAAUUUAAUAAAAAGCAAGUCUAGUCAACUAGGGACAUUUUAGAUGUGACUUAAAACAAGAAAAUGUGUUUGCUUCCCUGAUCUCUUUCUGGAGGUCAUCCUACACCUACACCUUCACCUUUAGUUGGAAGGUUUGACCGAGAAACAGCCGGGUAUGAUAUACCCUCAGGCAUAUUAGAUGAAAUCAUAUUUAUUCACUUAUUUGUAAAUUUGGGUGAUCCAUUAAAAAGCCUGUGAUGACCUCAGACCUCAGACAGCAAUGUUAAUGCCAAGAAAAUCCUUUUUAAAGAAAGAUAAAGUCCGGCGAAAUCAUAUAAAAAGACACAAUAAGCUCCUGGCCACAUGGUGUAUACAUGCAUGCAGCAUUCAUAGCCAGGAUUUUAGAAAUACUGAGAUCAUGAGUUCAUACUCCCCCAGCACACACACCCAAAAGAAAUCCUCUCUGCAAUGCCAAGAGUAAUUCUUCUGUAUAAAUAUUAAAAACCUCCAUUAAAAACCUUUAUUACUUUAUUGCGUAUUGUUAUAAUUGGUGUCAUAGCACAAGGUGAAUUCCCCCACAUAUUUUCUCCUUGGAACAGUUCUCAAGACUAGGCCUCUGUGUCCUCCAACGUAGCUGCGGCCCAGACAGUGUUAGACGAAGAGAAUCACGAUACCAAAAGGAAAUAAUUAUCUCCCCUUUGUUACAGAUCAGCUGGCAAAAGCUAUGCAGAGCCUGAUAAUAAAAGGGAUACAGUGGAAUACAACAGAAGUAUUAAGAGAUGGGGUGUUUUUCCGGAGAAGGGUGUGAGUGUGUGUGGGACUUUCUUUCUCUGUUUGUCCAUGAUCUACUGCAACUUCUUCUGGAUGUCUUCUGCCCUCUUGAUCUACAUUUUGCCCUCAGCAUCCUCAGUUAGAGCUCUGAAGGCCAUGGCUGUGGCAAGACAAGGUGAAGUAAUUCAUACAGUAAAUAUCAUGCAACUAUCAUAAACAGAGAUCAUUUGAAGUGCUUUACUUAAUGUUUAAAGCAUUUUGUGCCUGUAUGAGUAUUAAAUCCAGCCAGGUUUUGAGGAUAUGACCGAAUUUCCCUUCGGGGAUGAAUAAAGUAAUCUAUCUAUCUAUCUAUCUAUCUAUCUAUCUAUCUAUCUAUCUAUCUAUCUAUCUAUCUAUCUAUCUAUCUAUCUAUCUAUCUAUCUAUCUAUCUAUCUAUCUAUCUAUCUAUCUAUCUAUCUAUCUAUCUAUCUAUCUAUCUAUCUAUCUAUCUAUCUAUCUAUCUAUCUAUCUAUCUAUCUAUCUAUAUGUUACUUUGUCGCCAUCUUGUGGUUGUGUAAAGAAUUACAUUGUGGCACAUAGCAACCCGAUAGCAACACGUCUGCCUUCUUCUCAGCUUCCUGCAAAACUAAAAUAUCAUGUUAUUACAACUUCGCUAGAGGCUUAAACAACAAACAGCAAUCAGAUUAUUUAUUGUCAAAUUAUUAACAGUAUUGUCAAUACAGUUACUGACAACAUAUAAUGUAUCAUAAGCUUUAAAAACUGAAAAGUUUUUUGUUCAUGUAUAUAGAUAUGAAAAUGUGCAUUGCUGUGGUAAAAUAACAAUAAACUUUUUUUAUAGAGCGCUUUUCACACAACAGAUGUAACUCAAAGAGCUUUUAAAUAAAAAAUAAAAAUGCACCUUAAAAACCUUACGAUAGGGGCAAAUUGACAGGAAAAACUGUCAAUAAAAAGUCAGUAGGCUGGAUAGUAUAACUAAAUGUAAACCAUAGUGUGACCAUUAAGAUCAAUAAAAAAGAGAGAAUUAGUAAAAAAGAAAUAUAAUAAGAAAUACAUUAAUCUAAAGCCAUAUUAUAUAAGUAGGUUUUCAGCUCUUGUUUAAAAAUGUUGUUCGUAUUCGCAUAUCUUGUGCAUAUUAUUGUGUGUAUUUAAAAACCCAGGUAGUAAAAGAUCUGAGUGAAGGAUUAUAAAGCGACAGAAAUCGAAUGCGUGAAUAAUUCCCAUCGUUCACCUGGAUUCACCUGGCCUGAUUAUUUGAUAAAUCCUCCCAAGAAUUUCCAUUCUGUACGCUCUGGAUAUAUAAUCUGUGUUGACAGCUAACCAAAUAUUAUUCAACAGGACAAGGACAAGUCUGUUACGUAAUAUUUGACUUCCCGCGUGGCGAUAUGAGACAAAGCAAGAAAACAUCUGCAGACUUUUCCAUAUACUACAUUCACACACACACACACACACACACACACACACACCGCUCUCCCUGACUCCUCAGAGCUUGUCCAAAAAUAUUAAUUUCAAGCGUAUUUGUCAUAAUGAUGUCACUCAUACAGUUUAGGACCUUGAGCAGAAACUGGAUCACACUGAGCAGCUUGAGAGUGUCCAGUUUGAAGAAGACAUACGGACAGCAGCUGUGUCUCCUUCACACUGAAGUGCAAGUUGAUCACUGUGAUCCUGUUUCACACCUUUCUCAGUUUAUUGUUCUUUGUCCGAAAAGCAGCAGAUUCAGAAUUCCUCUGAUGGACGAUCUGAAAAAUGUGCUUGAGAUGUUCUAAGGAUGAAAAGGCCUCCAUGCAAACCACUUGAUACAUUUUUGAGAACAUCAGGUUGAAGUCAAACACCUUAAAUUUCCCAAUAAUCAACAUCUAUAAAUAUUAAUCAUACUUUUAUGCAUAACACUUUGUUGGUGUUAUAUGUGUUUUUUUGCAAUUUUGUUUCUGUUGUUUUGUGUAUAUAUAUAUAUAUAAUUCAUACUUGACAGCUUUUUCUGUGCAAACAUAUUUGUGUAGUCUUCAAAUUCUUACUCUUAUCAAUAUUGGACCUAAUUUUGGGCUUCCAAUAGCUGAUAAGAUGCGCUGUGGGAAAACCUUCACCUGUAGUUGAUGCAAAUAGUCCGUCCCUUAAAGGGAUAGUUCAGAUUUUUUUUGAAGGGCGGUUAUAUGACGUUACUUAUCCAUAGUCAGUUAGUAACCUACAGCAGAUUGUGGCUGUCAUCACCCCAGCUUGGGGAAGCAGGCAAGACUUCCACAUUGGAGAGCUAAGCAGGAGGAUGAGGAUGGGGCAACAGUAUAACACAUUUUAGCCACCUAAAAAAAGUAACAUCAGUUUAAGUGAAUGCCAUAUUUGGAUAUUUUCAACAGUUUACCUUGCAGUGAGAAAGCCUUUUCCAACAUUGAACUAAAUCCCAUAUAUCCAUCUAUAAUCCUUUCAAAGCCACCAGACUCCAUUGACAAAAACAGUCAUUUUACCACUCACAACACAAGAGUUGCUGGUCUACCGCUGCCUUGUUUGUGUUAUUUUGUAACUUUGGUGAGUCCGAAACUAACCCUUUAAAACAUAAUAGUCACACAAUAAUACAAACUAACUAACUGAUCGAGGUAGUGGUAGACCACAAACUCCCAUUUCCUGAGAGGUAAAAUGUUUGGGGGUUUUUUUUGUCCAAGGAGUCUGGACAAAAAGUAUUUCAUACAACCCCACUUCAUAACAGUCCAAACUAUCCCUUUAAUGCUUUCUUAACUUAAAUAUUCUUACGUACUACUGACCAAAUUUGGUUUUAUAUUUUCAAUCUUUCUAGCCUUUUACUCUUGUCUGAAUUGCCUUUUUGAAAUUAGAUUAUAUACUGUGGCAAUGUUACAGCAUGCGUCCAUGAUCCUCAUCAUGGACUUUAGAGAAAGCUUUAACACUGGCCUGAAGCCCAACACUACAUUCAUAGGAUUUUUUGAACGAUUUCCUUGAUUUUCCUUUCCUUUUUAGAUUUUGAAUGUGUUUUUGCACUACAAUAAAUGAGGGACGUAAUCAGGUGAAUACCCCUCACACACAAACACACCCCUCUACUCCCACCCCUGUUCAGCUGCUCCUCUAUGGUAUUUCCCACAAUAACAUCGCAGGUCGACACACUGACUCUGUCAUUUUGCCUCUGACCCCCUCCUCUCUCUCUCUCCCUCUCUUCUCUCUCUCUCUCUCUCCUUCUUUCUCUUCCCUCUUUCUGUCCCGAGGCAACCGGACUGGACUGAGGACGAACACCUUCUGGUUUCAGGUACGAACCGGAGCGGAGGAGAGCUGCACAUCAACACAUCAGCAGAACUGAUUAAUCGAUGAUGAGCGCCAUCAGACGAGGUCCAGUGAAAAUGCAUCAGAUGAUGAUGGAGCUGAUGGUGCUCGUGGGAGUCGUUGGUUUGAGUUACGGUGCCGUUCAGAGACCGGACUAUGACGACACGCCCAACCCAGAGUUCCUCAACCCAUCCUGGAUGGCCAGCCUCCCAGAUGAUCAGCCGCUGUCUGAGGUCACCAUGCCUGGGACUCACAACGCCAUGGCCUUGUUCGGCGGCGUGUACGCUGAGUGCCAGACCUGGAGCCUGUCCUCCCAGCUCCGAGCCGGCGUCCGCUUCCUCGAUAUCCGUGUCCGUCAUGUCAAGGGGAACCUCACCAUCCAUCAUGGGGUGUCCUAUCAGCGGGCGCACUUUGGCCACGUGUUGGAGGGCGUCUCCGACUUCCUCCGAGAGUAUCCCACUGAGACGGUCCUGAUGCGCUUGAAGGAGGAGUUCAGUGAGACGUAUGACAUCUACGGCGCCGUGGUAGACUACAUCCAUCGCUACUCUCACUGGGACCUGCUGUGGCACAGCCGGCUCGUGCCGACCAUGGGGGAGGCCAGAGGGAAACUCAUCGUCCUGCAGGACUUUUCUGGGCCAGACUUGGGGAUGCGCUAUGGUUCCCUGGACAUAGCCGAUGACUGGAAGGUUCCCACACUUCUACAUGUGGAGGAGAAAUGGCAGAGCGUCUACGAGCACCUGGAGAUAGCACCUACAGGAAACAAAGCCCAGAUUUUCCUCACCUACAGCAGCGGAGCCGGUGUGUUCGCGUACCCCAGAGCCGUCGCUCAGCGCGUCAACACACAACUGUACGACUACCUGAGGGCCAAGACAGACCUGAACCAGCGCCUUGGAAUCAUAUGCAUGGACUUCCCUGCUGCUCCUAUGAUUCAAAUGAUCAUUGACUUCCAACUGAGAGAGGUGGUAAAGACAAGACAGGCCUUUAACACAGUACAUAGCAGGGAAAGUUUGAUAAAUAAAAUUGCUUUUUUGAGAAAGAAGAUGAUCAAACAUGUUAAUGUCUGAGCCAAAAUCAAGCAUGAGGGAACAGUAGUCUGGUCAGUGACUGUACAGUCAAUGAGGCAUCACAAGGACACCAAAUACUGCAGUUGUAGCUCCGUUUCAAUAGUUUGGUUUAAUCCUAUCACUUCGCUCUGACGAAACUCUGAUGAAACUUCUCAUUCUUUCUUUCACCAAAGAUGAUGGAAACAUUAUAAAUGUCACUUAAAAAUAAAUCGGCAAUGCCAACAUGUGAUGGAAUAAACUGCAGUGGAAAGGCCAUAA